UGCGAGUGCUACACGGGGAGAGGCGCGUGUCGCGCUUGGGCAGGCUUGCCUCGGAGCGUGCGCUCGGACCAACAAAAACUUCACCAUGAACGAAGCCAGGCCACUCCGCGAAGGGGGAUCAAUGGUGGGGCAGGAGUUGCACCGUGGUCUGAAGAACAUUUGAAGUGGAAUAACAAAGCAAAAAAAUUCCCAAACGCACGCAUGAGAAAUUUGUCUCUUCGAGGAAUUGUUGAAAAUUGAAGGCGUUUGCGGUAAAUUGCAUUUGACGAUUGCAAAAUAACUUUUGCGUGGAGCGCAAGUGGUACAAAAAUGAUAUAGAUAGGGUAUUUCAUUUUUUAGCUUUUACUCCCCAUUUACAUGCAAGAUCUCAUGCGAAAUAUUAUAUACUGCAAAACAAACCACCGAUUACCGCACGUAUCUUUGCGACUUUUUGUUAUUACGAUACAAGAUUUUACAAACGAAUGGCAUGCGCGUCGUGAGCGAAAAUAUCGGCAGCGAUAACAAUAGUGUGCUUCGUUUCGCAAGAAAAUGCGACCUUGGAGAGGAUUACUGCGAGCACUCGUGCUCAUGGCCAUGUGGCCUGCACGCUUCGUCGCUCCAUUAAGUUCACCCCACCGCGUCUCCCGCGAGGAGACCGCAAAGCCACCCACGGGCGCGCCCUUCAACAGCAGCGGCAGCGCGGAUCCAGACCUCACAGAUACAUUCCAGGGCAGCGACGGCAAGGGCCAGGCUCGCACCGGGCAGGCAGCCGUUGCUGCUGCUGCUGCCGAUCUCCUAGAGGACGGUCCGAACGCCGGCGACGGAGCGCGCGGAGCCGGUGAAUGGGCGGCACCGCACGCGGACAGCUUCUGGGAUGAGUCUCAAGGUCGCCAGCGCACGCAGAGUCCAUGGGAGAGUCAAGUAACUGGCACUCGCGCGGGAGAGGAUGUCGAACAAUGGGAACUCAAGAGAGGGCCAAAGAGAGGAAGCUUCGUGGGGGUGGAGGCAUGGAGACGUGGGGCCAGGUCUUCUCAGCUCCAACACAGCAGCAGCGGCGGCGGUGUCCACAAAAGCAGGGACUGGUGUGCGUACGUGCAGACGCGCAUCGCCACCAGCGUCGUGACCAACGGGACCGAGACGUUUGGCGCAACGGUGGCCGAGCCGUGUCCAUGGGGCCAAGGCAGCUGUCAGAACCGCCACACAUUCAAAGAAAUGACCAGGCCAUUGUACCGGAUCAAGCACAGCAUCGUUACGUCCCUCCAGUGGAAGUGCUGCCCGGGUCACGUGGGCCCUGCAUGUGACCUCACAGAGGAGGCAGUGGGUACCGCGAGUCUUCAGGAGCAUCCACCCCCACCGCAGCAGCGAGCCCACGGCAGGCAGAGCGAUGACAACGAUGGUGACACCAUUCCAGGCGUCACUGCUCAGCUGUUGCUCGGCCUCAAAGGGAAAGGCGACGCGGGAUCUGUUUGGAGUGCCCCCCAUUGGGGAGGGACAGAUGGCAGUGAAGUCGACGACGACGACUACGGGAAGGACAUGGACCAACAAGUGGAGGGCUUCGAGCAGAGGGAGUCACGGAGCGUGGCUCAUGGGCAUUCAGCCACCAGGGUCCACUCCAGCGAGAGGAAAGUAACGCUGGACAGCGUCUCCGAAGAGCUGGUCAUUGAUCUUGUUCGGAAGCUGCUGGACGAGCGACUCGGGGAGGCAUCUCGACGGCCGGUCCACGGCACAGGUGGUCUCGACGUGACCCUGUCAACCCCGUCGGCCGCCCAGCUGGCGCGGGACCUGCAGCUCCUGCAGCACUCACUCUCCUCCCUCAACGACAGCGUCUCGCAGAGGCUCGAUGACCUCACCUGGAGGGUUCAAAACCUGGAGAAGGCAACCUCCAGGUCGUCCGAGCAACGGAACACCCUUCUGCUGGAGCAGCUAGCCCACAGAGCGGCGGUGGAGACUACGACCCGACGCCUCGCCGACGAGGCGAGGACACGGGCGCGGGAGGCGGUGGAGGCGAGAGGGGAGCUGGCAUCUGAGCUGCGUGGAGACCUCGGAAAGAUGUGGAAGUUCACAAAGGAUCGCCUCGACACAAUGAACCUCACCAUCGCUGGCCUCCAGGUGAACGCCGCGCCCGCCGCAGCUGCUGCUGCUGCUGUUGAAAUUACGAGCAAUGCGGCGGCGAGCAAACCCGCGCCGGAGAGUUCCGACGGUGGCGACGGCGACGAAGGCAGAAUGAAAGCGCAGGGCUCCGACGCGCAGAAAGCCAAGGUCGUGUCAACUCAGGACUUUAGCCGCUUCAACGAGACGCUGAAGAGGCACGAGUACCUUCUGAGAGACGUCUACAACCAGUUGCACCUGUUCACUGAGAAGCUGAAGGAGCUCAGCUACAGGAUCCAGGAGGAGCAGGAGGCGAGCUGGGGGGAGUGCAACAAGCUCCAGGAUGCCUUCAAGGCGAGCGAGGACUCUCUGUCCAUCAAGCUCCUCGAAGUUCAAGAACAGCUGCUGGACAUGAACAAGACCAUCGUCAUUGGGCUGUCACCCAUGGAGGAACGCUUCGGCUCCGUGAUGUCCACCAUCCACAACCUCUCAACAGAGGUGGGGCACCUGCAGAAGAGCUUGCAGAGGAGAGCGCAGGGCACCGAUUGGCUCGACGAAGCGCAGUCUCUCCGGGAGCAGAUGGACGGCCUCAUCUUGUCCGUCGACAGAUUCAAGAUUGACGUGGAAGACCUUAAGUUUUCCCGGAGCGUUCUGGGCUCCGGAGUUCGGCUGCCCAGUCCGGCCUCUGACCUGGAGUCGCGGGUGAACAGCACCGAGAGCGCGGCGAGGAGAGCGCUGGAGCAGAGCGGAGCGCUGGGCAGCAACGUGAGCCACCUGCACCGGCGUGUAGAGCAGCUGUCGGCUCUCACGCUGAACCUCCUCGCGCAGGCGAGCCUCAUGAGCCAGCACGUGGACGACCUCAACGGCUCGUUCAGCACGCUCAUGGAGGACACACUGCGGCACACGCUCGCGCUGGAGGAGCUGGGCGCGUUCCGAGACUCCGACUACGACGAUUACGACGGCGAGUACGCCGACGAUGGCUUCGGGAAGCCGGAAGCCAAGGUGGAGAUCAACCUCGUGAAGCUCAGCCGCCUGCUGAGCGAGACGGUGGGCGCAGUCCGCGAGCAGUCCGACGUGGUGCUCGCAAUGCGGAGCCGCCUCCUGGCGCUGCAGCUGCAGGUUGCGAACUCCACGUCAUCCGCGCCGCGCCCGCGCGGUGGCCCGAGGGAGCGGGAGGAGACGGCGGUCUCCUUUGGCGGGGAGUUCGGGUCGAGAGAGGACGAGGGCGAGCCGGAGGGGCGUGCGGACAGGCUGUGGGAGAGGCUCGGGCGGCUGGAGAGGGCCUGGUUUGAGUUGGACGGGCAGCGCUUGGGGCGACUGGAGUCACGUCUCAAUGAGAUGGCCGGUGUUGCGGCCGGCUGCCUGGACCGCACGGACGCGUUGCGCGAGGAGGUGGACAGGAACGCGUCGGCCCUCCAGCGAACGCUCGCCGCCAUGGCGUCUUCGCGGGACGCGGAGAUGGAGGCCCUGAGACGCGACCUCUUGGCCGAGCUGUCGGCCCACGUGGAGGUCGCGAUGCGGGCGCGCAGGAAGGACAAGGACGAGCGGCGGCAGCAGCGCAAGGAGACGCUCUCGAAGCAGCAGGAGCAGCGGGCGGGGAAGGGACCGGCGGCAUUGCAUGGUGCUGGUUCGGAGCCCGGGCAUGCUGAGGCGGCGAGGAUGCCCGGCUUCCUGGAGCCGGCUCACCUCACAGAGGCGGCGCAGCGCGGGGGCCGCCGGCUCACACGCGCCAAGGCCACGCACGCACGAACCACGUGGAACAUCGCCACCGCUCCCCGCGCUGGCCAGGAAGACGGCACGAAACAGCGCCACAACUCCCCAUAAACGCGGGUCGCCGGUAAAAAAAAAAAAACUGGCCAUGCUGACACGGAGAGAACUGAGAAUGUCAGCCAAGACAACUGCACUCAAAAGUGCUUGGCUUGCACUUGAAAGGUUUGUCCGUUGAAGCCGUCGGCGAUUGGCUUGGUCUAUAAUCCUCCCUUUUGGGGUCAUUGUCAUAAAGUACCGGCUUUGUGGGGAGUCAACAGUGUUUGUCCCAUGGGGUAAACUGGCCCCGGCCAUGGGAAUGUGGAAUUUGUACCACUUCCUUUGAGGUUUAUGUUGAAGAUGCGCGGUACUCCUUUGCUCGACUGAGCAGGGGCAUGGUUUGUUUCUUCCCACGUGAAUCAAAAUGUCGCCAUGCUCAAACGAGCAUCGUGCUGAACUCCUCGCUCACAUGGUGACCCUGAGCCAGAGGUUUGAAUUUCAACUGUAUGACGCCACUCUUCACUUCCUACAAAAUUGUGUGCAUUUUCGUCAACCCCCAAAAAAUAUAUUGGUCGAGGCGACCUCCCCCCAACUGGUUUGUGUGACCCGGCCACCCUACCGUGGGAACGUGAGAGUCAAGGGCCGUGGCACAGCGCCACCAUGCCGCUAAGUUUAUAGCUGCAAAAGCGCCGCUGUGUGCUGUGUGCCGGUCUACAUUUUAUUGCAGUAAUUUGCUCGAGCAAUUCAGAACGGCAUCUUAAUAAGCUGUACAAGGGGGGGAAGAUGUAACAUUUUCCAUGAUGAAAUUUAUUUUUUUUCGUUAAAAUACUUACUAGAAACACACUGCUGAAAGGCAAUUUUGGGGCCUCGAAUGAUUCAUGGUGCGUGGCUGGAGCCUGCCAAGAACACAAGGGCACGAAUGAGUUGGAUUAAAAGGCCACAACACAUGACUGAGCUGAUGUAUCAGUGAAGGUGAUAUCAGUGUAAGGCUCGUACCCCUAGAUUUAGUGGUGCAUGUGGCAUUAGGGUAUGGGUACAAGCCUUGUAUUUGAGACUCGGAGUUCCGAGUUAGUUUUGCUAUGGGGACACAUUAACCUGGAACAAAGGCCAUAGGUCAGUGGAAUAAAAGGCAUUUAUUGUCAUUGCAUGAACAAAUAUGCAUACCUCAUAUCUGCUGGAUAGAUCAAGUAUGUUAGAUCUUGUUUAUGACAAUGUCCAAACUCCAAAAUCGGUAAACCUAACAGCUCCUUUCCCUAAUAUUGUCACUGGGAUGUUGAACUUUUUUUUUACAACCUUUGGUAAAGGUGCAGCACUGCAAUCGCUCACUCACGCCACUGGUGGUGGAUGGUGCCUCCAUUAGAGGAGAGCUCUCGAGAGCCCCUCGGAAGCGUAUUUUGGCCUACUCUUCCACAGUGGGUCAGACGUGUUGAAGUCGGUGGGGAUGCCCACACUUUUCCCCAUCACAAGUGACCUGCCAGGUACAUUUCUCUUGAAAUAUUUCCAGCCGGGUCUGGGGAAUGGAGAUGUUGACCCUUUGUAAAGCAGGGCUGUGGUGAGUGGACCUGUGGCUACACUGGUUUUCCUCCUAACUGUCUAUGUCUGGGACAUGUACAAUGUUCCAGUCCUUUGAAGACAUAUUAUUCUUAAAUCUAUAUUCAAAAUAAAAUCACUAUUUAGGCAGCAAUUAAUUUCUCAUGAGUUUUUCUUUUUAAAUGUUAACGAUUCGUGUGAUAUCGCAAAGUUACAUUUGCUUUUAUUAUCAGGAAUACAAACUAUAGAUUAUUCGUAUUAUCAGUAACUUGACACUAUUCCAAUUAAACACACAACUAUCAUCAAAUAAAAAUGCUGUAUAGUUGCAUUAUAUAUAUAAAUCAUAUCCCACGAGUAUUGAUUUAUAAAUACUUUUACUAAAAAACGUAGACAUUUUAAAAAAUAUAUGCUAUUUAAUAUUCUGUAUAUAAUAACAAUGCUAAAGUAUCACACUUUUAAAAUACUCUUGGCUGUGUACACGGUUGUUGAGUAAAGAAAAAUCGUUUCAAAUGUAUCAUAUGUAGUCUGCACAUAUUAUUAAAAUACAUUUUAAAAAUUG